GGCAUCAGUUGAUUUUGAAUUUGUGUCUUGUGAACGCUUAAAGUUUCAACGGUGUUUUGCGAUUUGUAUUUAAUUGUGUACUCUUUUUGAAGUGUAAAUUUAUCUUCAACGAUUGGUUAUAUUUUGGUGUUUUAACUGACGAGUCGGUUAUAAAAUACAUUUUAUUUUCGUUUAAUAUCAGAAAAAAAAACUAAAAAGAUGUCUAUCUUGCCUUUCUUGUUAGAAGAGUUGUCACGUCCUACUGUAUACGACCAGCAUUUUGGAUUGGGCCUAUUGGACGAUGACAUGGUUUUGCCACACGCUCCUUCUUAUGGAAGAAUGUCGCAUUGUCCUUUGUAUGCUAGAGCGCCUCAAGCACUAAGAUCUUACCAAAGACCAUGGAGACUUGUUGCUGCACCAGAAAGUGGUCUGUCGUGUGUUUCAAACAACAAGAAUGAGUUUAAAGUAAAUUUGGACGUUCAGCAGUUCAAGCCAGAAGAAGUAUCCGUCAAGGUAGUAGACGACUAUGUGGUGAUAGAUGGAAAACACGAGGAACGCAGUGAUGAACACGGUUUCAUUUCACGCCAGUUUACUCGUCGCUACAAGGUUCCUGAUAACGUCGACCCAAACACCAUUACAUCUAAAUUGUCUUCUGACGGUGUACUCAGUAUUGUUGCACCAAAAAAGAUGAUUGAAAACAACAAGGAAGCAAGAUCAGUUCCGAUCGUGCAAACUAAUGAACCCAGCAUCAAAGUGGCUCAAACGAAAGAAAAGGACAGUGCUGAUAAGGGCAACACAGAAAAGAUGGAAUCUUAAUUUAAGUACUUUCUUGAAUAUUUUUAAGUUUUACAGAGACUGCAUUUUAUAAUUUUUAUUUUUUGGUGGUUUAUAUCAAUAAAUUAAUAAGUUUUUUUUUCCUAUUAUUAUUUAUAUAAAUAUUUUUAAAUUGUAAUUCAAGCGAAAGUUUUUUUUUCUCAACUAGUCAACAAUUUUUAUAAGGAUGUAUUUCAAAAAUUACAAGUUGAUAUUACUAUAUUAGUUAUAGAAUAUACAUUUCUAUUUUACUCAA